AUGCUUACAGCUAUACGUGAGAUAUUAAUAAUUGAAAAAAAAUACAUAUAAUUGUCAUAGAAGUUAUAUGUGUGAGUUAACUUGGAAUCAUUACUAUAAUUGAGCGUAUAAUAUAAUUAUAGUAUAUUUAAUGGGUAUUAUUAUAAUAAAUUCAUACUUCGAAUUAGCGCAUAAAUAUUUUUUAAAUACUUCAACUUAUAAUGAAUGGAACAAUAAAAACGACGCAACUCCACAUCCUAACCAUACACACAUAUGCGGAAAAUACGUCAGUUUUUAUAAAAUUACAAACUAUGGUCAUCGUGUCCAAUGUCUUUCACCCAGCCAAGUAGCACCUGGGCACCUGAGUGGGAUCCUGACAAUGAACACGGAAGAAAUUAAACCUGAAAAUCCUAAACUAAAAAAAUGA